CGCCACGCAACACGCCGCCGCUCUCGCUGCUCACACCAACUCCCGCGCCGCGCCGAGAGGAAGGGAGCGAGCGCUCCGGGAGCGCGCGCGCUUUUUCGGGAAGAAAAGGGACGUCGACGCCGCGCGCCGCUAGCGCCGCGAUUGUUGUUGUGUCACGCCGGCUCUUGGGAACAUGUGAGCGCCGCCAGACACUUCUUGUAACUCGUCGCGGCAGCCUGCUCUUCGCCGUGCUUCGCAGAGGCCGACAUCGCGUGGGCCACUGACGUCGUGUUCGUUGUGAUCGUGUCGCAAGAGUGACAGCGCCGGCGUUGACACAUACGGAGCCGGACAAGUCUUCACAAUGUGACUCGAUUGUCCGCUUUCUCGCCUGGAGUGACUGAAGACCGUUGUUCCUGUUUCGCUUUAUAUUUUUGUCCUCGUUUGUCGUCCUCACUUUCCUUGCACUCGGAAGACGACCAGCCGAGAAAGAAGCGAAGGAGGCGGCGGCUGAAGGUGAAAGAGAGAAGAGAGAACGAGGAGUUGCAUCGCGUUCGCUUGUCAAUCAGUUCGAUGAACACGGUGACAGCGAGAGAGGUGGUUCUCUGACGUUCGUCCGAACCGUCUGCGAGAACGCUGUGGCCUGCUCGCCAAUCAUGGCUCACAAGGCGGCGGACACUGGUGGCGUGUGGUCAAGCUUGCUCGUACUGUUGGUGUUCAUUGCAGGUGCGGCCCAGGCGACCACCGCCAGGCCUCGGUUCCUGAGCGGUAUCAAGAACGUCACUGUCGCACAAGGUCGCGAAGCCACUCUCGAGUGUCACAUUGAGAACUUGGGCAAAAACAAGGUGGCGUGGAUCAAGAUGGACACGGAGACCUUGCUCACGUACCACCGGCAUAUCAUCGUCGGCGAGCCGCGGCUGCGGGUCAGCGACAACAACGAGCGCCACUGGCAGCUGCACAUCCGCAACGCGCAGCCCUCGGACAAGGGCUUCUACAUGUGCCAGAUCAACACCGAGCCGAUGAUCACAGAGAUCGGAUUCCUCGACGUGCUCGUACCGCCUUCCAUCCUUGACGAGGAGACGAGCUCGGACGUCACAGUGGACGAGGGUUCGCGCGUGAGCCUGCGCUGCCGUGCCAGCGCCUACCCGCCUGCCACUAUCCUCUGGCGGCGGGAGGAUGGUCGGGAGGUCAACCUCGAGCGAUACAGUGGCCGCAAGAACUCCGUGAUGACGGUGGAAGGAGAGUUCCUCAACAUAAGCCAAGUGAACCGAGAAGACAUGGGCGCCUACCUGUGCAUUGCCAAGAACGGAGUUCCACCUUCGGUCAGCCAAAGGAUACUUUUGCAAGUGAACUUCCGGCCCAAGAUCCGCGUCUCGGAGCAGUUGGUGGGCGCCGCGGUGGGCACCUCGGUGUUCCUCGAGUGUGUGGUGGAGGCCUCACCGCGGCCGCUGACCGCGUGGAUCCGCGGAGACGACCAGAUCCUGCUCCGGAGCAAGAAGUACGCGAUUUCGGAAGAGGUCGACUCCUACCGCAUACGCAUGCGCCUCCAGAUACACGACCUGCGACAGUCGGACUACGGCCGCUACAAGUGCCACGCCAAGAACACCUUCGGGGAGAAAGAGGGCUUCAUACGCCUGCACGAUAUUCCACAUCCGACAACUCUGGCCCGACCGACGCCAGCAACAGAGGCCGUGGUGCCCAGAACCAAGGUGUCAGGCCGAGAUGACCUGCAGAGGUUAAGGGCGCAAGCGGACCUUUCGAUAACGGCCACGAAGUCAUUCCUCGACGAAAACGCCCAGGACUCUCCGCAGCCCGGUGUUGGACUUCCUUCCAAUGAACAAAGCCGGUCGGGGCACAGGCCGCUUGAUCGGGUACACUUCGAGCCACCAGAAAGGAAUCGAGGUGGCUCAUCCUCAGAUUCGUCCAGAAACGUCCCAAGCUUCCGCUGCUGCUCGUGUCCACUGCUGCUCUGGAGCACCGCACUGUUCUUCGUGUACCGGUGGCCGCUGUAAGCGAGAAGAGCGGAGAAUACGCAGGGAAGUGACGCGAGCCUCCGCUGAGCGGAUUGAGGACAAUCCGCCGCAGCGUUGAUGCCUCCAGCAAUGUGCAAUACAGCCGCAGAAAGCGACACGCCAACGACAACAAAGCGGAUGUGGUGCUCAGGACUCCCAACGUCGUCGUCACUCGAGUGCGAAGCCGACCAGUUACUUUUUGGCUGGUGUCCAGCCAAUGGGGGUCGCAGUUUCUUCUCGGCGGUUUAUCGAGUGAAGGCGAUUCGUUAUCGUCACUCAGAGUGCGCAGAGUUGGCGGAAUGGAUGUGAUUGCAUACGAAAAGUCUGAGACGUGGAGUAGAGUGAGACGAUGUGUUUUUGUUUUCAUUGUGGUAUUUCAUUCCACGGAAUUGUUUUUGCCCAGGCCCGUAACGUCGUUCCAAAAUUACGAUAGAUUCACCACGUACGUGUGAUGUCCAGUUGCGUCCACAUUGAGGUAAAAGAAUGGUACCGGUGUUUGCAUGGGUGAUAAGCUUUUUUACUAUUAUUAUUUUUAACUAAGCACACACGAACACAAUUUUGAGGUUCCUUCCGAGUGCAGCCUUACCAAAUUCGUUGCUGUGCCAGCUCUGUAUUCGAUGGUAAAUAGUUUGAUUUGUCAUGUUUAAAAUUUCUAUGGUUUUACCAACUCUUUUCUUGCCGGUUUUUAUUGCAUGCCUCUGUAUUCGUCCGGCUCUACGCAGAAAACGACUUUAGAAAAUGUGAAGCUCUAACACUUUAGGACAAACGCGUUUCCGAAAAAAACGUCUUCAUGGUUAGUAACAAAGAAAAUAACGCACCUGUUGUUUCAGCAACAAGCACUCACUUCUCGCUAAUUUUCGCAGCAACACUCACAAUGUCCCUCAAUUUUCUGUUUUGCUUUCUUUUAUGCGACGAGUUUAUUUCCCUCUCACCCCAGUUUGAUUACGUGCAACGACCGGCAUGCAGAAUUUGCGAUCUGUGUGUUACCACAUCUUCGGUACUUAAUUACAAAAUCCUUACACUAUCUAACAAAAUAGACAAACACUUCGUUUUUCACAUGAAAUUAUGAAAGCUGAGAUUUUUCCAGUUUCUUCUUAAGAUAUACAGUGAUGUUGUCUGGUUUUUAAUCUUUCGCAGCUUCAAAUAAUACAGCGGCAAGUGAAUGACUUGUGACUGCGUAAAACUUUUACUUACAAAUUUUAUGGUGUGUAAGAGACUAUAUAGAGUCCUGUAACAAGGUUAUAAAUGUUGGAAUCCUGCUUUCGUAAUUUGAGCUAUUAUCAAUUGUCCCGUUUUGUUCAUAACUGUGCUGGCACUUCACGCGAGCUCGUUUACUGAAGGGUACGCUUCGUCUUGUUUUUUACCAAGGCCCCUGUAAAAAACAAACAUCGAGCUUAAUCAUCCCUGUUUCAGCUUUCGUGUAGUCGGACUUGUCUGGACUAUUAAUUUUUUAUGUGCAGUACGAGGUAUAAGUUAGGUAAGGCAGAAGGCUAAACAACCUCGGCGCACUUCGAAUUACGUGCGUUGGACAAUUCUGCCAAACCCACUUCACCAUUCAUUUUUUUUUUUCGAAACAGGGGUGUGCUCACCUUUGAGCGCUAGUCACACCAAUUCACCAAACAAAUUGGCAAAGUUCAAUUUGCGGGAAGUGGUUCUUGGAAACUAAGAUAGAGCGUUAAAGAUAUAUUGAUCUUGAAUUCAGUAGCGGCACGGCGGUCGUACAUAUCAGAAAGCGUCACAUGCACGCACAUAUCGCCAAAGUGCAAUUUCCUAAUGAUCUAAUGCACAAGUCAACAAGAUUCUUUGGAGUGUUAAGAAGGGGAGUCAAUUCUAUCCUCUCAAUUUAUGGGUGAUUUUAUGCGCGCCCUAUAUUCUAGACUCCAGCGGUCACCAUUAGCAUAACUUCAUGCAACCUCUUUCUUUUUCAUUGAAUGGCACAAUAAGAUAUCAUGUCAUUGUGCAAAACUUAUCUGAUAGUUGUUUCUUUAUGAGAUUGUGGAAAUGUUGAAAAUUAGUGACGCUGUUUGAGCGUCUUGUGUACGGAGAAUGGAGCAUUAAGAUAAAUAUUACUUAUUCAAGUAAAUAUCGUUUCUAUCGUAAAUCUUGGUUGGUUGAGUCUUUAUUCUGAAACGUCAACAUCGUUGAAGAAACGUAAAUGCUACUUAUUCGCAAACAAAAGUCAAAAUAAGGGAACACUCUUGAAGGGAAUUGUUCAUAGCAAGUGCAUUGAAAGAACUACAAGAAUAUGUUGCAAGUUGUAUUUGGUGCGGUCAAAUGUAAUCCGCUGAGCAGUUCGGCUGGAGAAAGCACAGCCUAUCGCGUAAAUUGAACAAAAUUAGAGUGGCGGAGUUUUUGUUUUAUUCCCUCGGUCGCAAGCGUAAUUUGUUUUUUUGACCGAAACUCUGUCUGGAACAUAUAACCCAGAUCAUGUACAGAUUAUGUCGAAACAAAGUGCGGCUUGAAUUUUUUGUGCACGCAAAUGAAGGCGUCGUGUUUAGAGAGUGUAUUCUAUAGAGUUGACGACGUCGACUGCGUGCGCACCGUGGGCAUCCAACCGUCCCGCUGUGAAGCACUGUGGUCGCGUCGAGUGUACAUAUCCAACUAUGUUGAGCAAGAAUGAAUAAAGAAAAGGUUACAAAAAAAGAAU